CCGCCGCGCGGUGCGGGGCAUUUGGCUGCAGCCGCAACCGGUUGCUUCGGGCCUCCGCUGUGGAGCGAAUGGGCCUCCCCGGCGCCACGGCUCCGCGGGAACCGCUGCCCGACCCCGCGGACCUGGUCAGGGUCCAGACCUGCCACUCGGGAGGUCCGUGGCCGUUUCGAUUUCUCUUCUUAAAGUCUGAUUUUGGAGGCUGAAAAAGAGAUGGUGGAGAGGCGAGCUGCGUCCUGGGAAGCAAGGCCUGCUCUGCGGAGCAGAAGCUCCCUGCGAGAAGAGAAAUUCCCGCGGAAAGGGUGUAUGUUAAGUUUUUCACAAGAUGUCAGCUGUUCACGUGGGGUCUAAAACUAAGCCAUCAAGCACAGGUCGUCUCCGGAUCGUGUCACGCUCAAGAAGUGGGGUGGGACGCUUCGGUCAGAAGACUGGGUUUUAUUUGUCGGGGGUAUUCCCAGCAGGUCACUCAAAGCAGUGCCGGCUAGUGGCCCAAAGUGAUGUUUUGUAAGUCCUACUUAGCAGCGAUCUGUUUUUGAGAACCAAGUAACCAUCAAGGAGAUUUGAAAGGUAGCAAGAUGGAUUUUGGCAAUCCCUGCGUAUGACUUCCCUUAAAGCACAUUUUGAAGAUGUCAUAUUUUACGUAUUUGACAUAAAAUGUGAUCUUUAAUUUGCCAGCGUCUUGAGAGGAUGAAGAAACAUGAAUGCGUCUUCUUGCGUACACUUUGGGGCCUGUUAACUGUUGUUUUGAGACAUUUGGUGAAUCCUUCUAGGCCACAGGUAGAUUCAGAGUUCAGGUUUGUUUGCAGUGCCAGAAAAGUAACGGCCUGGUGGAAACGGGAGUGGCGGGAGAUCAGGAAACAGUUCUGUUACUACCAUUGUCAUUGACUAGCUCCCUUAUCUUGGCACUUUCAUUUGGAUCCUUGGAUGCCCAUUGAACAGAUGCUUGAAACCUGCAAGUAAUCUUCAGAUUGUGACAGAAUCGUAGUCCUUUCUUUGUGUUGGAAGGAGAUAGCUCAUAUGCUGUGGAUAUGAACGGGGAGCAGCAGCUUGAUGCAGAUGCUGGCUCUGGUGUAGAAGAAGUGGAAUUAAGCUGGGAAGAUUACCUAGAAGAGACAGGAUCCACAGCAGUUCCCUAUGGGUCUUUUAAACAUGUGGACAUACGUUUGCAAAAUGGAUUUGCUCCUGGGAUGAAGCUAGAGGUGGCUGUGAGGACAGAUCCUGAAACCUACUGGGUUGCUACCAUCAUUACCACCUGUGAGCAGUUGCUCCUUCUCCGCUAUGAUGGCUAUGGGGAUGACCGGAGAGCAGAUUUCUGGUGUGACAUCAGGAAGGCUAAUCUCUACCCCAUUGGAUGGUGUGAACAGAAUAAGAAGACACUCGAAGCUCCAGAAGGAAUCAAGGAUAAAGUGUCUGACUGGAAUGAGUUUCUACGGCAGACUUUGAUGGGAGCAUGUAGUCCUCCUGUUCCACUGCUAGAGGGUCUCCGUAAUGGGAGGAAUCCUUUAGAUCUCAUUGCUCCAGGAUCGAGACUAGAAUGUCAAGCUUUCCGGGACUCUUUAAGCACUUGGAUUGUUACUGUAGUAGAAAACAUUGGCGGAAGGCUAAAGCUGCGUUAUGAAGGACUUGAAAAUUCUGACAAUUUUGAACAUUGGUUGUAUUACUUGGAUCCAUUUCUUCAUAAUGUUGGUUGGGCCACUCAACAGGGAUAUGAGCUUCAGCCCCCAUUAGCCAUUAGACAUCUGAAAAAUGAAGCUGAGUGGCAAGAGAUUUUGGCCAAAGUGAAAGAGGAGGAAGAAGAGCCAUUACCGUCUUACUUAUUUGAGGACAAACAAGUUAUUGGCAAUCAUAUGUUUGCUGUAAAUAUGAAAUUAGAAGCGGUGGACCCCUGGUCUCCUUUUGGGAUCUCUCCUGCUACAAUCGUUAAGGUGUUUGAUGAGAAGUACUUUCUGGUGGAAAUGGACGACUUGCGGCCUGAGGAGCACGUGCGGCGAUCCUUUGUAUGCCAUGCCGACAGUCCUGGCAUCUUCCCUGUGCAGUGGAGUCUAAAGAAUGGCCUACAUAUCAGUCCCCCUCCAGGCUACCCAAGCCAGGACUUUGACUGGGCUGACUACCUCAAACAGUGUGGUGCUGAAGCUGCUCCCCAGAGGUGCUUUCCUUCGUCCAUUUCUGAGCAUGAAUUUAAGGAAAACAUGAAGCUUGAGGCGGUGAACCCUGUUCUCCCUGAAGAAGUGUGUGUUGCCACCAUCACUGCAGUGAGAGGCUCCUACCUGUGGCUCCAGCUGGAGGGUUCUAAGAAGCCUAUACCUGAAUGCAUUGUGAGUGUGGAAUCCAUGGAUAUAUUUCCUUUGGGCUGGUGUGAAACCAAUGGCCACCCCCUCAGCACUCCUCGCCGAGCACGAGUACAUAAACAGAGGAAAAUUGCAGUGGUUCAACCAGAAAAACAAGUACCAUCAUCAAGGACUGUCCAUGAGGGCCUGAAGAAUCAGGAGCUGAACUCCACAGACUCAGUUGUAAUUAAUGGAAAAUAUUGCUGUCCAAAGAUAUACUUCAACCACCGUUGCUUCUCAGGGCCAUAUCUUAAUAAAGGAAGAAUUGCUGAGCUGCCUCAAUGUGUAGGGCCUGGGAACUGUGUUCUGGUCCUUAGAGAGGUCCUCACUUUACUUAUCAAUGCAGCUUAUAAACCCAGUCGUGUCCUUCGGGAGCUCCAGCUGGACAAAGACUCUGUGUGGCAUGGAUGUGGGGAAAUCCUAAAAGCCAAAUAUAAAGGAAAGAGUUAUCGGGCUACUGUUGAGAUAGUGAAAACAGCAGAUCGAGUGACUGAAUUCUGCCGGCAAACCUGUAUCAAACUGGAAUGCUGUCCUAACCUCUUCGGUCCACGGAUGGUUCUGGAUAAGUGUUCUGAGAACUGUUCUGUACUUACAAAGACCAAAUACACACACUAUUAUGGAAAGAAGAAAAAUAAAAGAAUUGGGAGGCCACCUGGUGGGCAUAGUAAUUUAGCUUGUGCCCUGAAAAAAGCCAGUAAGAGGAGAAAGAGACGGAAAAAUGUUUUUGUUCAUAAGAAGAAACGCUCCUCUGCAUCUGUUGAUAAUACUCCAGCAGGCUCUCCCCAGGGAAGUGGGGGUGAAGAUGAGGAUGACCCAGAUGAAGGGGAUGACGAUUCCCUCAGUGAAGGCAGUACCUCUGAGCAACAGGAUGAGCUACAGGAAGAGUCAGAAAUGUCAGAAAAAAAGUCAUGCUCCUCUUCUCCCACCCAAAGUGAGAUGUCCACAUCGCUGCCUCCAGACAGACAAAAGAGAAAAAGAGAGCUUCGUACUUUUUCAUUUUCUGAUGAUGAAAAUAAACCUCCUUCACCAAAGGAAAUAAGGAUUGAAGUUGCUGAGAGGCUUCACCUGGACAGUAACCCCCUGAAGUGGAGUGUGGCAGACGUUGUGCGGUUCAUCAGAUCCACGGACUGUGCUCCAUUAGCAAGAAUAUUCCUAGACCAGGAAAUUGAUGGGCAGGCGCUGUUGCUCCUUACCCUUCCCACUGUUCAAGAGUGCAUGGACUUAAAAUUGGGCCCUGCCAUCAAACUUUGCCAUCACAUAGAGAGGAUCAAGUUUGCUUUUUAUGAGCAGUUUGCCAACUGAGAAGAACAACCAAAAUGAGCUGGAUCUUUGAAGCACAAAUGCAGUGAAUCCUUCUGCUGGCUGUACAAGUGGAGCUGGAAUAGUCCUGGGGCUCUGGGCCCUGCAGGUGUCUGUCUGCUUGUUCUCUUUGCACUUUCAGGGAAGGAGGACCCACACUGAGGAAGCAAAAAUUGUGCACAGAAAUGGCUUUUCUGCCAGUGGAAAUGUGGACAUCUCUUGUGCAGCAGAUUGCAGUUUUUAAAAAAUAAAGGUUGUAAGGAAAAGACUUACAUAAGAAGAAUAAGUAUUUCCAAUGUUGUGGCCUAAAAACAAAGAAUAAUCUAGGCUGCUGGAAACAACCCUUUUGGUUGUUUUGUUUUCAUUCUGUUCCUUCCCAUUGUAGAUUGAACUUUGUUCUCUGCUUUCUCCUUCUUGGAAAGAGAGAACGUAGCUUUAAAGUCAGCACUGAUCUGGGAUUGUGCCUAAGGCACAUUAGUGCUUCUUUGUCAUUGUGUUUUUAAACAUUUUAAAAUUAAAACAGUUCAUUUUGGGGAUGA